CUUUACCAUAUUCACACAUCUAGGUUUUCUUAUGGGAGACGUGCUACUGAACUCAAGAGGGACAAUAAUGGAGAUGAGUCACUCUUCUUCAAGAACUGUUAUGCUUCAUUCUACUUCUUCAAGAAAGACAGAAAGAAAGGUCAUAGAGAAAAAUAGAAGAACUCAAAUGAAGACCCUCUUCUCCAACCUUAAUUCUCUCCUCCCUAAACAAACGUCCAAGGAAGCAUUGUCACUUCCUGAUCAGAUAGAUGAAGCUAUAAACUACAUAAAAAGUCUGGAGGCAAAGUUGAAGAAAUCCAAGGAAAAGAAAGAAAGCUUAUCAGGCAGAAAAAGACCGUUUUCUAAUUGCACCAGUUCUUUUGAAUCUACAUCAACCUCAAGAGCACCUCAAUUACAAAUCCGAGAAAUGGGCUCUUCUCUACAGAUAGUUUUGAUAAGUGGGCUAGAUAAUCAGUUCAUUUUCUAUGAUAUCAUUCGCAUUCUUCAAGAUGAAGGUGUAGAGAUUGCUAGUGCUAGUUUUUCAGUUUCUGGCAAUUCAAUUUUCCAUGUAGUUCAUGCACAGAUGAGAGAAUCUGAUUUCAGUUUUGGAGCUGCAAAAGUAAGUGAGAGACUGAGCAGAUUUAUCAAUGGAUCAACAAGUGAAAUAGAAUCAGAACCAGAGCUAUGGAACUUUAAUGAUCUUCAUCCUGAGACAUGGGCAUUUUAAAAGAUUUCCAUUGUAGUUUUGAAUCUGGAUGGUACUUGAAAUACGUUACAUUUUAUAGAUAGAUAUGUAUGAUAACAGCAAAGAAGCCUUCUUGUUCUUUUAAUAAUAUGGGCAACUAUAGGAUGCCAACUUUCCUAUCAAA